GGAGCUUAAAAAUAAUAUGAUUUUACCUAAAGUUUGCCAGAGAGGGCAACGAAUCUCCCUGAGAGGUGCUACUCUUUCAAGAAAAGCUCAAUGGAACCAUGCUCAUAUUGUCACGCCUCAUUUUAGACCUUAUAGCGGCAAAGAGAUGAUCCAGACUGUGAAGGGGAUGAAGGAUGUCGAGGGACUUGAUUACGACAAAUUCUCAUAUGUUACUUCUACUGCAUCAAAAAUUGCAGCCUCUUUUGGAUAUUCAAACAUCAUGACUAAUAUUCUAGAGCCUGAAGAGCUAUUCAAAAGAUCUUUGGGACAAUACUCUGAUAUUGUGAAUAAAGAAAUGUAUUCUUUUGAAGAUCUUGGCAAGAGAAGGCUAGUUUUGAGGCCUGAAGGCACGGCUGGAGUCAUCAGACACUUGCUGAAUGACUCUGGUAAACUGCAUAGCUUGCAUAAAAGCAACCUCAAAUAUUUCUACCAAGGUCCAAUGUACAGAUAUGAAAGACCUCAAGCAGGGCGUCAAAGACAGUUUUAUCAAAUGGGCAUUGAAAAUUUAUGUAUGAAUGACUCUGGACCAAUUCAUGAUUUGGAAAUCAUUCUACUAGCUGAUACUAUUCUCAAGGAGAUUGUCCCGAGCCAAAAAGAUCUGGUACUAGAGAUAAACUCACUCGGGAGCCCCGGAGUUAUGUCUUCAUACAACAAAUUAUUGGUAGAGUAUUUCACGCUUCCAGAGAACUGGUCUCGCUUGAGUAAGCAAAGCCAAAUGAGGGUUGAAAACAAGAAUCCUCUGAGAGUUCUCGAUUCCAAGAAUCCAGCUGACCAAGAGGUUUCUCUUGGCAGUCCCAAGAUUCAGGAUGUCUAUGACAAAGAGAGCAGAGAGAAGUUCGAAGGGGUCAUUACGGGCCUUGAUUCUUUAGGAAUCAAGUACCAGAUCAAUCCAAACUUAUGAAGAGGUCUUGAUUACUAUGAACACACUUGUUUUGAGUAUAAAUACAAUUCUAAAAAGCUUGGAAGAAGUCAGAAUACUAUACUUGCUGGAGGAAGAUAUGAUGGCUUAGCUCAGUACCUAGGCCAUUCGGAACCAAUAUCCUCUGUUGGUAAUGUUUAGAAUUUAAUGAAUAUAGGAUGGGCAGCUGGAAUAGAAAGACUUUGACUAAUUCUUUCUGAUUCAGAUCUUCCGUUAGAUUCAAACAUCAGGGUUGGAGUCACUUAUCUGAUUGAUAAGAAACAGUCAGGGGAAGCUGAAAAGUUAGAAACUUUAAAGCUGUCUCAUCUUCUUAAAUCGUCUCUUCCUUCGGCUAAUUUUGAAGUUUUCACAAAGCACCAGAAAAAUAUUGGCAAAAAGCUAGAUGUUCUCUUUGGGGAGAAAAACUGAGAUUACGUAAUCAUGAUCGGAGAGAAUGAGAUCAGCUCUCAAAACUAUAUUCUCCGAGACAAAACUGGCAAUAUGAGAUCUUUUAGUGCAGAAGACCUUAUUACCAAGCUUAGAGCUCACUAAACUCACAUCCUUCACAGAAAAAUUCAA